AUGGCAAAGCUGCUAAAGGAUGCUGGUGCCGUCCCAUAUGCCAAAACGGCGCUGCCCGUGACGCUUCUGUCGUUCGAAUCGGCAAAUGCUCUCUGGGGUCAUUGCCUUAACCCACACGUCCCUGAAUACUCCCCUGGAGGCUCGACGGGUGGUGAAGGUGCUCUGCUGGCUCUUGGUGGUCGCAUCGGUAUCGGGUCUGAUGUUGCUGGCUCGGUUCGCGUUCCCGCGGCUUGGAGCGGCAUCUACUCCCUCCGCUGUAGUACUGGCCGUUGGCCCAAGGUUGGAGUCAACACCAGCAUGGCUGGCCAGGAAGGUGUUGCCAGUGUCUUCAGCCCGAUGGCCCGUACUUUGAACGAUCUCACCUAUUUCACUAAAGCUAUUGUCGGAAUGAAGCCUUGGAACUACGACCAUACCGUCCACCCUAUCUCCUGGAGAGAAGACGAGGAAGUCGAAGCGCAGAACAAAAAGCUGAGGAUCGGCCUCAUGAGCAACGACGGUGUUGUUCCCCCAACGCCGGCCAUUGAACGUGCGAUUUCCACCACAGUAGCCGCCCUCACCGCCGCUGGGCAUACUGUGUCUGAGAUCACACCCCCGGCUGCGGCUGACACUUUUACCGGUCUCUCCCUCGCCUCGCAGCUGCUCAACUCUGACGGGUGCGUCACUUUUAACUCGCAUCUGCACAGCUUUGAGCCAUCCGACCCUGGUGCGGAUCAGCUGACACGGAUUUGCAAUCUGCCCCGUCCCCUGCGUUAUCUCUACUAUCUUUGGGUUCGGUACAUCCGACGGGAUGAGAAGUGGGCAACGCUGAUCCGCGGAUUUGCCCCCAAGUCUGCGGCGGAGCUUUGGAAGCUCACUGCCCAGCGGGAAGCUUUCCGGGCGACCUGGCACAGCUGGUGGGAUGCCGAGACGCAGCAGUACGAUUUCAUUCUCUGCCCUGUCAAUGCGACGCCGGCUCUGCCCCACAAAGCCAUGCACGAUGCGGUCUCAUCAUGCGGAUACACGUUCCUCUGGAACCUGCUGGACUACACGGCCGGUGUCCUGCCUGUCUCGCACGUGGACGCGAAGAAGGAUGCCCUGUCAGGGCCGUACAAGAAGGUGCUGAAACAGCUGGGAGCCAACAACGCGGUGGCCUACGGUGCCUGGAAGCACUACGACGCGGCGAAGAUGGCGGGAUUGCCUACCGCGGUGCAGGUGGUGGGGCGCAGAUGGCAGGAAGAGAAGGUGCUGGGAUACAUGGCGGCAGUUGAGGAGGCCUUGGAGCAGUAUCGGGACCCGGUGACUGGGGAAGGAGGAAAAUACCCAUUGAUUGAGCUUGACUGA